UGGUAAGAAGUCAUUUAGAUGGAUUGGUCCCAUUCCAAGGGUGACCAUAAUGGACCCUAAAUUGAUCAAGGACAUUUUGUUCAACCACGAUAUCUUUCAGAACCAAACUCAAAUCCAAUCGAAAAGUUACUAAUAAAUGGACUCGUAAACUCAGAAGGUCAACAAUGGACUCAACGGAGAAAGAUAAUGAACCCAGCAUUCCAUUUAGAAAAGUUAAAGAAUAUGAUACCUGUAUUUCGUUUGAGUUGUAACGAGAUUUUGAAACAAUGGGAGAUGGUGGUGAUGAAAAGUGGGUCGUGCGAAUUGGAUGUGUGGCCAUACCUUGAAAAUUUGACAGCAGACGUCAUCUCACGUACAGCAUUUGGCAGUAGCUAUGAAGAAGGAAAAAGGGUAUUCCAACUUCAAAGAGAGCAAUUAACCUAUCUAAUUCAAGUUAUGCAGUCAACUUACAUCCCAGGAUGGAGGUUUGUGCCAACUAAGACAAACCUAAGGAUGAAAGAAAUCAACAAUGAAGUGAGAGCCAUAGUGAGAGGUAUAAUUAGCAAAAGGGAGGAGGCAAUGAGAGCAGGAGAAGGAAACAACGAUGACUUCUUGGGAAUACUUUUGGAAUCCAAUCUUAAAGAACUCGAGGAAUGCAAAAACAAGAAAGAGAUGGUGAUGAGCAUUGACGAAGUGAUUGAAGAAUGCAAAUUGUUCUAUUUUGCUGGCCAAGAGACUACUAGAAACUUUCUUGUGUGGGCAAUCAUUUUGCUAUGCAAACAUUCUGAUUGGCAAACCUGUGCAAGAGAAGAAGUUUUCCAAGUUUUUGGGAAAAAUGAACCAGACAUUGAUGGCUUAAGUCAACUCAAGACUGUCACAAUGAUUUUAAAUGAGGUGCUUAGGUUAUACCCACCAGCAACUGAGGUUGUUCGAACUAUUUACAAAGAGACCAAGUUAGGAGAAUUAUGCUUGCCAGCAGGAGUGCAACUUUCACUACCAUUUAUCCUACUUCAUCAUGAUCGUGAAAUUUGGGGUGAUGAUGUAAAAGAGUUUAAGCCAGAAAGGUUGUCCGAAGGGUUUUUAAAGGCAACAAACAACCAAGCAGCUUUCUUCCCAUUUAGCUAUGGACCACGAAUAUGUAUCGGACAAAAUUUUGCACUCGUGGAAGCAAAAAUAGCUUUGUCAAUGAUCCUACAACGCUUCUCUUUUGAGCUAUCUCCAUCUUAUGCACAUGCCCCUCACAAUCAUAUAACUCUUCAACCCCAAUAUGGAGCUCACAUAAUUUUACAUAAAAUCUAGUAUUACAUAUAGUGAUCACUAAAAUAAAAUGUUUGGGUUUGUAUGUCAAUUGCUAUUUAGCACUGUGAUGUAUCGCAUUCAAAAGUUAAUUAAGAGAAUAUAUCAAAAAUAAAUUUCUUGCAAUACAAA